GGAGCCCCGGGCUGCCCGCGGGUGCCGCUACAGGGAUAGCGGGGCAUGGUGAGCGCCGAGGCGACUCUGGGGUGCAGAAAGGCAGCGGAGCCCGAGGGACAGCGCCGGGACUGGGAAGAGAAACGCCGAAGCCCCUGCGAGCGCGGAAAGCGCCGCCGUCGGCGAGGGAACCGUUAGAGCAGCGCAGCGGGGACGGCGCCGGGCACUGCAAAAAAGAAAAUAGCAGGAAACUGUUAGAACAUUCACAUAAGACAUGGAAGGGGAAAAAAAAAGAGAAGAAAGGAAGGCACUCUGGGGUCCAGGCUUCACGCUCUAAAAAGGUCACAGGAGAGCAUCUCUGGUCCUCCUGGUGCCGUCUUUCACUUUGCGCUUCAUAGCACUGAGAAUUCUGCAUCCAAGCCUCAAGUCUCCUGCUCAACCCUGCAGUGGCAGGCACCAGGUGCCGCACCUGCUCCAGAUGCGGAAGCAAGUGGGGAAGAAGAUCCUGCCCUGCAAUACGGAUAGCUCUGAUUACUCUCAGCUCCAGAGUCUCGAAGAACAGCUCCCUUCUGGGUCUUUAGAAAGCUUCUGCCUGCACACUUCUGGCAGGGAGAACAGAGAUUUCCCCGUGGCAUACACUUUGCAAAUUUCAAACCCACCUCUGCUUGAAUUCCUGCCAACAAAAUUGCACUACACAUGCAAUUUUAGCUUUGUGCCAGUCACUGGAGUGCUUUGGCUGUGGUGAGGACACAGGUGGUGGUGGGAGCAGAAUGCGUAAGGCGGACUUUCAGGGAGAACCUGAGCUUUUUUGUUCAGGAGUUUGCUGAUGUUGCAUUCUGACUGUGGCAGUUUUCCAGCAGGAGUUGGUCAGACUAACACUGCAGGAAGAGUGGCCUAUUUUGCGAAGGCUUGCCUAUGAGGUGCAGUAUGGGAAGUGGGAGAGCAGUUUAGUGCGAAUGGAUGAAAUCUGGGCAGGUUGUAGGUAGGUUUUGAGCAGGUUGUAGGUGCCCGUUAGGUGCAGCGUAGAGGGCAAAGUUGACUUGGUGUGUGUGGUGCAAUGGGAUUGGUGUGGAAAGCUGCUCAGAGGUGGGUUUUGCAAGUGACGCCAAGAUCCACGACCCAGCUGCCUACUUCAGGCCUUUUUCCUCUGCCUACCUGGGCUGAGGAGGGCCGUGCAGAGCUGCACUGUUACCGGGUCCCACAGGAGUGGACCAGUGCCGGCUCGAACCAAGGCAAAUUCCUGAAAAACCGUAACGAAGGGGGAGAAGAUCUGGAGCUGAGUCAGAACAUAGACCACUGUGCAAAGGGGCCACGCUUCAACAGCCAACUACCCCACACUUGGAAGACGGUGGCCCAACACUGGGUGUGUGCGUCACCGUGAGAUUGCAGGAGCAGCUGCAGGAGAAGGCCUGGAUGGAGGGAGUGGCCAAGGCAAGCGGCUCUCAGAGAAGAAAGAAGAGGAAGUCCACAGUGAGCUUGAAAAGCCAAAGAGAAAGAUUUGAAGGCUGAACGGGGGGGGCCUCAAGAGGGGGCAAGAAGAGAGGAAGGAGAGCGGAAGAGCGGAAGACUGAAGCGGAGGGAAGAGCAAGGCACUCUGGGCACAGGGACCUCCCUGUAAGCAGGGCUCAGGUCCGCUGAGAGCAUCGCUGGCACUGUUGGUGCCCUUUGUUACUUUGCGCUGGGCGCCCUGCCUGCAGCCAGGGCUCGGGUCUUUGAUGUUUCUUGGUGGCCUUUUUGCCACGUGGCUCCUUCAGCUGCCUGGGGAGAGUGACGACCCUGUAAGGAGGGUGAGAGGCGCUCUCCCCUCACCCGCGGGGGAACUUGAGCUCUCUGGACCCCCUUCCCACCCUGUAAGCAGGGGUGGGCCCCUCGCCCCGCGGCUUUCCGCCUGCUGACAACCUGGCCAGCGUGACGGCCCCGUAAGCGGGGUGUCUGUCACAGCAUCUGCCUUUGGGCAAGCUCUGAGGCGCCUGGUGAUGGUGAGGGCUCUGGCCUCCGUGCGAGCUGGGGGCAAGUCGGAGCCUCUCUCGUGCUCGUGGGUGAGCGUCUGGGGGCGUUGAUCUCGGCUGCCCUGGGUCCUCUUGCCCUCCUGGAAAGUCAUGUUUGCGUGCGUGUGCGCGUGUUGGUGUGCGUGCCUGGGGGUGAGUGAGUGAGCGAGCUUGCGCUUAGGCUCCAUGUGCUAAUACUGCAGCGUACCUAACCUACACUUCCCAGGAGAGCAAGCGGAAGUCUGGGUGCAGCAGGAGCUCGAUGCUGCCUGGUGCCCUGCGUCGCGGGAGAGCCCAGGCCUGGCCCUGGCUGCCGGAGGGCAGAGUUAAGCCACUCACAAAGGCGGUGGGCGGUGCGACCUGCCCGUAGUGAGGGCCUAGGUCUCUGCCGGCAUGGCGCUCUGUCCUGCUGGCAGGCUGGCCAGCGUGACAAGCCUGUGAGCAGGGCGAGCGUCACGAGCUGUGGAGCCCCGUGUCACCCGGAGCAGCUUGCCCUCCCCGUAAGUGGGGGCCGGGGUGCCGGCACAGGAGUGCGGCCUGCUGCUGUAGCCAGCAACGAGGAAUGACCCCUCCCUGCCCCUUUAGAAGAGGGCAGGUUGAGGAAGCGCUCUGCAAGAGGGGCCGGCGCAGGACAGCCUGCCGCCUGUUCUCCUGGUGGGACCUGCCCGCGGCCGGGGCUGAGGUGGGUGCCUGGGCUCCCGAAGGCGAGGCGUUGUGCGUCAGCCAGCACGGCCAGCCCGUAAGCGGGGCGUGGCUGAGAGCCCGCCGCUUUGGAGGGCUUGGCGCUAGUGCGGAGCGGUGAGGGUGAGCGCCCUGUAAGGAGGGCUCCGCUGCCGGGCUGUGGAGAGUCAUUCCUGUUGCUGUGGGGGACGGCCGAGCUCUUGGACUCCCCGGGUGUCGACCCGCCUGUAGUCAGGGCCGGGGUCGCGGGGCCUUUGUGCCCAGCUGGCAGCUUGCUCGGGGUGACCGGCCUGUGAGUGGGGCCUAGGUCCGAGUGGCCCCGACGCUGAGAAGAGGAGCCUCCCGCGGGCCCAGGGCUGCCCUGUGACUCGGGGACUGGCUGGGGUGCCGAGGGCUGUGCUGUCCAGCCGGUGGCGCGAGCCGCCUGUAGGCAGGGGUGAAGUCUCUUUGGCCACCGCUGGUCAUGGCCAGCUACGGGUGCCCAGAGUGCCAGCCUCCCAGCCACGCUUCAGCACCGCCCUCGGGCAUCCCGCAGCCCCAGCUGCGGUGCAGGCGGCCGGACACCUGCUGUCCCGAAGACGGGCCAGUCGAGUCGGCAGCAGUUGCUGGUUCACAACACCAGGAAUUGUACCCCCAGGCCUCAAGUCUCCUGCUCAACCCUGCAGUGGCAGGCACCAGGUGCUGGUAAGCACCUGCUCCAGAUGCGGAAGCAAGUGGGGAAGAAGAUCCUGCCCUGCAAUACGGAUAGCUCUGAUUACUCUCAGCUCCAGAGUCUCGAAGAACAGCUCCCUUCUGGGUCUUUAGAAAGCUUCUGCCUGCACACUUCUGGCAGGGAGAACAGAGAUUUCCCCGUGGCAUACACUUUGCAAAUUUCAAACCCACCUCUGCUUGAAUUCCUGCCAACAAAAUUGCACUACACAUGCAAUUUUAGCUUUGUGCCAGUCACUGGAGUGUUUUGGCUGUGGUGAGGACACAGGUGGUGGUGGGAGCAGAAUGCGUAAGGCGGACUUUCAGGGAGAACCUGAGCUUUUUUGUUCAGGAGUUUGCUGAUGUUGCAUUCUGACUGUGGCAGUUUUCCAGCAGGAGUUGGUCAGACUAACACUGCAGGAAGAGUGGCCUAUUUUGCGAAGGCUUGCCUAUGAGGUGCAGUAUGGGAAGUGGGAGAGCAGUUUAGUGCGAAUGGAUGAAAUCUGGGCAGGUUGUAGGUAGGUUUGGAGCAGGUUGUAGGUGCCCGUUAGGUGCAGCGUAGAGGGCAAAGUUGACUUGGUGUGUGUGGUGCAAUGGGAUUGGUGUGGAAAGCUGCUCAGAGGUGGGUUUUGCGAGUGACGCCAAGAUCCACGACCCAGCUGCCUACUUCAGGCCUUUUUCCUCUGCCUACCUGGGCUGAGGAGGGCCGUGCAGAGCUGCACUGUUACCGGGUCCCACAGGAGUGGACCAGUGCCGGCUCGAACCAAGGCAAAUUCCCGAAAAACCAUAACGAAGGGGGAGAAGAUCUGGAGCUGAGUCAGAACAUAGACCACUGUGCAAAGGGGCCACGCUUCAACAGCCAACUACCCCACACUUGGAAGACGGUGGCCCAACACUGGGUGUGUGCGUCACCGUGAGAUUGCAGGAGCAGCUGCAGGAGAAGGCCUGGAUGGAGGGAGUGGCCAAGGCAAGCGGCUCUCAGAGAAGAAAGAAGAGGAAGUCCAUAGUGAGCUUGAAAAGCCAAAGAGGAAGAUUUGAAGGCUGAACGGGGGGGGCCUCAAGAGGGGGCAAGAAGAGAGGAAGGAGAGCGGAAGAGCGGAAGACUGAAGCGGAGGGAAGAGCAAGGCACUCUGGGCACAGGGACCUCCCUGUAAGCAGGGCUCAGGUCCGCUGAGAGCAUCGCUGGCACUGUUGGUGCCCUUUGUUACUUUGCGCUGGGCGCCCUGCCUGCAGCCAGGGCUCGGGUCUUUGAUGUUUCUUGGUGGCCUUUUUGCCACGUGGCUCCUUCAGCUGCCUGGGGAGAGUGACGACCCUGUAAGGAGGGUGAGAGGCGCUCUCCCCUCACCCGCGGGGGAACUUGAGCUCUCUGGACCCCCUUCCCACCCUGUAAGCAGGGGUGGGCCCCUCGCCCCGCGGCUUUCCGCCUGCUGACAACCUGGCCAGCGUGACGGCCCCGUAAGCGGGGUGUCUGUCACAGCAUCUGCCUUUGGGCAAGCUCUGAGGCGCCUGGUGAUGGUGAGGGCUCUGGCCUCCGUGCGAGCUGGGGGCAAGUCGGAGCCUCUCUCGUGCUCGUGGGUGAGCGUCUGGGGGCGUUGAUCUCGGCUGCCCUGGGUCCUCUUGCCCUCCUGGAAAGUCAUGUUUGCGUGCGUGUGCGCGUGUUGGUGUGCGUGCCUGGGGGUGAGUGAGUGAGCGAGCUUGCGCUUAGGCUCCAUGUGCUAAUACUGCAGCGUACCUAACCUACACUUCCCAGGAGAGCAAGCGGAAGUCUGGGUGCAGCAGGAGCUCGAUGCUGCCUGGUGCCCUGCGUCGCGGGAGAGCCCAGGCCUGGCCCUGGCUGCCGGAGGGCAGAGUUAAGCCACUCACAAAGGCGGUGGGCGGUGCGACCUGCCCGUAGUGAGGGCCUAGGUCUCUGCCGGCAUGGCGCUCUGUCCUGCUGGCAGGCUGGCCAGCGUGACAAGCCUGUGAGCAGGGCGAGCGUCACGAGCUGUGGAGCCCCGUGUCACCCGGAGCAGCUUGCCCUCCCCGUAAGUGGGGGCCGGGGUGCCGGCACAGGAGUGCGGCCUGCUGCUGUAGCCAGCAACGAGGAAUGACCCCUCCCUGCCCCUUUAGAAGAGGGCAGGUUGAGGAAGCGCUCUGCAAGAGGGGCCGGCGCAGGACAGCCUGCCGCCUGUUCUCCUGGUGGGACCUGCCCGCGGCCGGGGCUGAGGUGGGUGCCUGGGCUCCCGAAGGCGAGGCGUUGUGCGUCAGCCAGCACGGCCAGCCCGUAAGCGGGGCGUGGGUGAGAGCCCGCCGCUUUGGAGGGCUUGGCGCUAGUGCGGAGCGGUGAGGGUGAGCGCCCUGUAAGGAGGGCUCCGCUGCCGGGCUGUGGAGAGUCAUUCCUGUUGCUGUGGGGGACGGCUGAGCUCUUGGACUCCCCGGGUGUCGACCCGCCUGUAGUCAGGGCCGGGGUCGCGGGGCCUUUGUGCCCAGCUGGCAGCUUGCUCGGGGUGACCGGCCUGUGAGUGGGGCCUAGGUCCGAGUGGCCCCGACGCUGAGAAGAGGAGCCUCCCGCGGGCCCAGGGCUGCCCUGUGACUCGGGGACUGGCUGGGGUGCCGAGGGCUGUGCUGUCCAGCCGGUGGCGCGAGCCGCCUGUAGGCAGGGGUGAAGUCUCUUUGGCCACCGCUGGUCAUGGCCAGCUACGGGUGCCCAGAGUGCCAGCCUCCCAGCCACGCUUCAGCACCGCCCUCGGGCAUCCCGCAGCCCCAGCUGCGGUGCAGGCGGCCGGACACCUGCUGUCCCGAAGACGGGCCAGUCGAGUCGGCAGCAGUUGCUGGUUCACAACACCAGGAAUUGUACCCCCAGGCCUCAAGUCUCCUGCUCAACCCUGCAGUGGCAGGCACCAGGUGCUGCACCUGCUCCAGAUGCGGAAGCAAGUGGGGAAGAAGAUCCUGCCCUGCAAUACGGAUAGCUCUGAUUACUCUCAGCUCCAGAGUCUCGAAGAACAGCUCCCUUCUGGGUCUUUAGAAAGCUUCUGCCUGCACACUUCUGGCAGGGAGAACAGAGAUUUCCCCGUGGCAUACACUUUGCAAAUUUCAAACCCACCUCUGCUUGAAUUCCUGCCAACAAAAUUGCACUACACAUGCAAUUUUAGCUUUGUGCCAGUCACUGGAGUGUUUUGGCUGUGGUGAGGACACAGGUGGUGGUGGGAGCAGAAUGCGUAAGGCGGACUUUCAGGGAGAACCUGAGCUUUUUUGUUCAGGAGUUUGCUGAUGUUGCAUUCUGACUGUGGCAGUUUUCCAGCAGGAGUUGGUCAGACUAACACUGCAGGAAGAGUGGCCUAUUUUGCGAAGGCUUGCCUAUGAGGUGCAGUAUGGGAAGUGGGAGAGCAGUUUAGUGCGAAUGGAUGAAAUCUGGGCAGGUUGUAGGUAGGUUUUGAGCAGGUUGUAGGUGCCCGUUAGGUGCAGCGUAGAGGGCAAAGUUGACUUGGUGUGUGUGGUGCAAUGGGAUUGGUGUGGAAAGCUGCUCAGAGGUGGGUUUUGCGAGUGACGCCAAGAUCCACGACCCAGCUGCCUACUUCAGGCCUUUUUCCUCUGCCUACCUGGGCUGAGGAGGGCCGUGCAGAGCUGCACUGUUACCGGGUCCCACAGGAGUGGACCAGUGCCGGCUCGAACCAAGGCAAAUUCCCGAAAAACCAUAACGAAGGGGGAGAAGAUCUGGAGCUGAGUCAGAACAUAGACCACUGUGCAAAGGGGCCACGCUUCAACAGCCAACUACCCCACACUUGGAAGACGGUGGCCCAACACUGGGUGUGUGCGUCACCGUGAGAUUGCAGGAGCAGCUGCAGGAGAAGGCCUGGAUGGAGGGAGUGGCCAAGGCAAGCGGCUCUCAGAGAAGAAAGAAGAGGAAGUCCACAGUGAGCUUGAAAAGCCAAAGAGAAAGAUUUGAAGGCUGAACGGGGGGGGCCUCAAGAGGGGGCAAGAAGAGAGGAAGGAGAGCGGAAGAGCGGAAGACUGAAGCGGAGGGAAGAGCAAGGCACUCUGGGCACAGGGACCUCCCUGUAAGCAGGGCUCAGGUCCGCUGAGAGCAUCGCUGGCACUGUUGGUGCCCUUUGUUACUUUGCGCUGGGCGCCCUGCCUGCAGCCAGGGCUCGGGUCUUUGAUGUUUCUUGGUGGCCUUUUUGCCACGUGGCUCCUUCAGCUGCCUGGGGAGAGUGACGACCCUGUAAGGAGGGUGAGAGGCGCUCUCCCCUCACCCGCGGGGGAACUUGAGCUCUCUGGACCCCCUUCCCACCCUGUAAGCAGGGGUGGGCCCCUCGCCCCGCGGCUUUCCGCCUGCUGACAACCUGGCCAGCGUGACGGCCCCGUAAGCGGGGUGUCUGUCACAGCAUCUGCCUUUGGGCAAGCUCUGAGGCGCCUGGUGAUGGUGAGGGCUCUGGCCUCCGUGCGAGCUGGGGGCAAGUCGGAGCCUCUCUCGUGCUCGUGGGUGAGCGUCUGGGGGCGUUGAUCUCGGCUGCCCUGGGUCCUCUUGCCCUCCUGGAAAGUCAUGUUUGCGUGCGUGUGCGCGUGUUGGUGUGCGUGCCUGGGGGUGAGUGAGUGAGCGAGCUUGCGCUUAGGCUCCAUGUGCUAAUACUGCAGCGUACCUAACCUACACUUCCCAGGAGAGCAAGCGGAAGUCUGGGUGCAGCAGGAGCUCGAUGCUGCCUGGUGCCCUGCGUCGCGGGAGAGCCCAGGCCUGGCCCUGGCUGCCGGAGGGCAGAGUUAAGCCACUCACAAAGGCGGUGGGCGGUGCGACCUGCCCGUAGUGAGGGCCUAGGUCUCUGCCGGCAUGGCGCUCUGUCCUGCUGGCAGGCUGGCCAGCGUGACAAGCCUGUGAGCAGGGCGAGCGUCACGAGCUGUGGAGCCCCGUGUCACCCGGAGCAGCUUGCCCUCCCCGUAAGUGGGGGCCGGGGUGCCGGCACAGGAGUGCGGCCUGCUGCUGUAGCCAGCAACGAGGAAUGACCCCUCCCUGCCCCUUUAGAAGAGGGCAGGUUGAGGAAGCGCUCUGCAAGAGGGGCCGGCGCAGGACAGCCUGCCGCCUGUUCUCCUGGUGGGACCUGCCCGCGGCCGGGGCUGAGGUGGGUGCCUGGGCUCCCGAAGACGAGGCGUUGUGCGUCAGCCAGCACGGCCAGCCCGUAAGCGGGGCGUGGCUGAGAGCCCGCCGCUUUGGAGGGCUUGGCGCUAGUGCGGAGCGGUGAGGGUGAGCGCCCUGUAAGGAGGGCUCCGCUGCCGGGCUGUGGAGAGUCAUUCCUGUUGCUGUGGGGGACGGCCGAGCUCUUGGACUCCCCGGGUGUCGACCCGCCUGUAGUCAGGGCCGGGGUCGCGGGGCCUUUGUGCCCAGCUGGCAGCUUGCUCGGGGUGACCGGCCUGUGAGUGGGGCCUAGGUCCGAGUGGCCCCGACGCUGAGAAGAGGAGCCUCCCGCGGGCCCAGGGCUGCCCUGUGACUCGGGGACUGGCUGGGGUGCCGAGGGCUGUGCUGUCCAGCCGGUGGCGCGAGCCGCCUGUAGGCAGGGGUGAAGUCUCUUUGGCCACCGCUGGUCAUGGCCAGCUACGGGUGCCCAGAGUGCCAGCCUCCCAGCCACGCUUCAGCACCGCCCUCGGGCAUCCCGCAGCCCCAGCUGCGGUGCAGGCGGCCGGACACCUGCUGUCCCGAAGACGGGCCAGUCGAGUCGGCAGCAGUUGCUGCACCUGAACAGAUGGCAAAACAACUGGACUAGAAGAUCCUUCCAACCAAUGCAGCGACUAUGGAGUACUUUCAGCUUCACGGUACUGAAGAGCAUUUCCUUUUGUGUCUUUACACAACUUCUGCAGCUCCUCACCAAAGAUGUGAAGCAGCGGCUGGGAUGUCAAGGGGAAGGUGCAACAGAAGUGAAGAGACACCCCUUUUUCAAGAGCAUGAAUUUCAAGCGGUUAGAAGCAGGAAUGCUGGAUCCUCCCUUUGUCCCCGAUCCCAGAGCAGUAUAUUGCAAGGAUGUGUUAGACAUCGAGCAAUUCUCCACAGUGAAAGGAGUAAACCUGGACCAAACAGAUGAUGAUUUCUAUUCCAAGUUUUCCACAGGAUCAGUCUCUAUUCCGUGGCAAAAUGAGAUGAUAGAAACAGAGUGUUUCAAAGAACUAAAUGUGUUUGGACCAAAUGGUACUAUUUCACCAGACCUAAAUAAAAGCUACCCCCCAGAGCCACCCAAGAAAGGAUUGCUACAGAGAAUAUUUAAACGACAGCAUCAGAACAAUUCGAGGAGUUCUCCAAAUUCAAAGGCCAGUUUAAAUCACCACAUAAAUUCAAAUCAUGUAAGUUCAAACUCCACUGGAAGCAGCUAGUUCCAGCUGAGUUUUUUGAAACAACAUGUUGCAUCCUUCCACUAUAAUCUAUGGAGCUUCUACGGAGGAGAGAGCAUCCACCGUUGAGUGAAGAGAAAAAAAGGAUCUCCCCAAAAUGGAGAUUUUCUGUCCAUUCCUUUCGGUGGAGCCUCACAUUUCAAGAAGAAAUUUCCACUCAGGUCUGUUUUUGGAGGUGGCACUCAAGACUGUGUGAAUCAAAUUUGUCUGUUUAGAACAUUGCAAUAGAAAUUCAAUGAACAUGACUACUUGCACGUAUUUAAAUAGCAUCAUGCUAGAACUGAAUUUUGUCUUUGUUAUUUUUAAAGAAAAGUUUUGUAAAUUUCUCUAUUGUCUCAGUUUACAUUUUGUACAUUUGUAUUUAAAUGAAAGUCAGACUUUGGAGGUGUAUAUUUUCCAAGCAGCAGCUGUAAAGCCAUGUGUUUUAAGACUUUUUUUAAAAAGAAAAAGAAAUGUGAUUCAAGACUUCCAGAGCCUCAAAUGAGAAAUUCUUCUUUUUAGUAAUUCUAGAAAAUUAUUCAUAUUCACUUUAUCAGACUGGGUUUUAUUGACAUGCAUUUUUAUGGAACAGUUUAUUCUUAAUUAUUUUACGUUGGUAUAUUUGGUUUACAGCAACACUGCAUACAUUUCUCCACUUCAUUAAUUUGUAAUGUUUCACAUUAAAUGCUAAAAGAUACUGAUAAGGCUUUGAUGCAUUCAAGAAUAUGACUUGCUAUGCCUAAGGUUUGUGAUGUCAUGGGACCAGCACAGCUGAGAUUGGCACUUACUUAUGCUGUUAGAUCAUCAUAAAUUUUUUGGUUUGAAAGGGAACCCUGUUUUAAGCCCUUUUCCUUCACUGUUUUUUGUGCUGUUUCUAGUGAGAGAAAGAACAAAAUUGAAUGAGAGGUGACCAGGAAAGCAACUGAUCAUUUGUUUUUCAAGGACUUGAAACUUGCACCCACUGAAAUAAGAGCAAAAUUUUAAGUGAUUUCAGUGUUACAGUCAGAAGUUCAAGGCAUUUCCACAGUUGCUCAUAUCCAGCAGGUAGCAAGAGAGAAAUUCAGUAGUCUGUUUUGUGCUGACCAUGAGAUUCAUGUCAGCUUUCUAGAGCUGAGCUAUGGAGGUUCAGAAUGGGAUCUGACCUGCUUAUGUCACAUCACAUCUAUUUUUAUUUUACUUGUCUCCAUUUUUGAGCAGUAGUAGAACCUGUAGGUUGUGUCUGCACUUAGGGUUCUUUUAUGUGUGAAGUGUCAUGUCAAACACACCAUGUCUCAUCCCCUCAAUUAAGACCUCAACUUAAUUGAAUAAAAUGUCAAUUAUGAAAUAAUAGCUCCCACUUUUGGUUCCAUCAUUCUUUGUCCAGGAUCCUUUAACCAUUGUGGAAAACAUUCUUCCCGCUAGUAUAAACAGGAUCAGUAGCAGUACCUCAGGCACCAAAGUUAUGGUCUUCUCAAGUAUACUAGUAUCUAUUAUUAAGAAUGCCAGAUCAGAUAUAAAAUAUCAUUGCUUCCCUUCAAGAGGAAUUGGAAAAACUUUGUCCCCCAAGUGCAGACAAGGUCUACAUAGUCCAAAGUGUUCUGUAAAACAGGUUGGUUCACCAUGCUCUUUACAACGCUGGCUAGACAGGACUGAUCAUUUUACACUUUUGUGUCAAUAAGGAACAUCUGAUGGUCAGCCUGGUGUGUCUAAAACUCUGUUAGCUAAUAGUGCAGCUAUCCCUGGGCACAAGGAAGCACUGUUCCAGCAGAAGUCUAAGUAGGUGAAAUUCAUUAGACUGUCACAUAUAUGUUCUCUCUGGCCAGUGCAGAAAGGAAGAAGAUGCAGGUUAGUAGUGGCAAAGCUGUGAAUGAGAAAGUGACAUGAAUUACUAAAACAGCUUGAGGUCAUGAGGGGGGAGAAAUAGAACAGGGUCAGAAUUUGCAUAAAGCUGAAAAAAGUCAAAGAAGGGAGACGAUGCUUGGGCACCUUUAUCAGGAGCAAAGUAUGUUAAGAUGAAAGCAUGCCUCAUUCCAAAAGCCUCCAGUUUUCUUGGUCAUUGGUAGACAUGCAGGGAAGCUCUGUAAAUGUGCCAUAAUAUCACCAGGAAUCCGUUUCCCUUCUUCCUUCAGGUCAGUGUGUCCAGAAAAUCCCUGUGCCCAGUGUAGACGGCGCUCAGGGAGAGCUUCAGCCACUCUCCUAUGUCAGAUGAUGGCACUGCAGAUCUUAGCAAGGUGCGAGAUUGUAAGGAGACAGGAGGAGAUGAAAGUUAUGGGUAAUUUUCUCUCUGGAUCAGCCAUAAACUGAAACUAUAAUGGUUUCAGGAGGGGAAUGAAAUAUUGCGGGGGGUGAAAGCAACUAGGCCUGUUACCUGUAGCUCCGUUCUCAUAGCCUGACAUAAAGCUACAAGAAGAACCUGAUCGGUCAUUUUAACAUGCUUUGGAUAAAGACACACUUGCUCUGGGAGAUUUUCACAGGCAUUCUUCAGUGACACAUGGGAUUUCACCUCAUUUCAGGAAAUGUAGGUGAGAAGUGGAAGAACAGAUCUUAGCCAAACCACUGGUGUAUAUCAGUGUACCUGAGACAAGGCACACACAUUAGUUCUUGGACAACUGCUAAUGUCAUGCAACUCUAAUCUGUUUUUAAUCACUCUAAGACAUCACCUCUUAACAGUAUUGUGUGCAGUAUGUUUGUACACUGCCAGCUGACUUUGUCCUGUGCAUAGAUGCCAGGGAAGGGGGGUGCUGGGUGACAGCUAGAGCAUAGGACUAAGCUCUUGUUCCACCGCUGCCGUUAUCUCACUUUGCAGCAACAGAGAAGCAUAUUCUCCCAUCAGAAAAAUGUGGUUGAUAAUAUCUACCUACCACUCUGGGGGAGAGAAAAAGGGGGUUGUGGGAAGGCUUAGCCCAUGUUUCAUGUUUCCCCAAUGUUUUAUGGGAUAAAGCUGAUAAGACCACAGCUUUUCACCCAAGAGUUUCAUUUUCUACAUGUUAGCAAUUUGUCACAUGAAGACUAGAUUUUCUUCUUUUUUUUUACCAUCUCUCUUUCGGGAAAUAAAAUCCUAAUUAUAACAAAGCCUUUACUGAAAGCUGGUGAGCAAAUUGCAAAUAGAUUGUACAUGACCAUAUACCUCUUAGGUGAUCAGUUUUAACUAGUGGUGGAUGACUUUUUGAUAAGACAACAGUGAAUGAUAGCAAAUGACAUGAUUAUUGGAAAUGGAUACUCUCUCUCAGUAUGGCUGUAAACAGGAUUCCAGGCUUGUGCCCUGGGCGACAUCCGUCCUGAGAAUGGAGCUCCUCUCUGCCCCUUCUGCUGUCCUUAUACUGGGACAGUUCCCUAUUCAGCACCUCUAGAAUAUUAGCAGUAGGAACACAAGGACAGUGCAAAAUCCUGGAGUGGACAAGCGCUGUGUUCAGUGAGUCCUGAGAGCUUGUAAAUCCUUGGAGGAGAUUAUUCUAUGGUUACAUGUCUUGAACCCUCAAGAUGAUGUGGAAUAAGGAUUCUUAUGUCCAGCUUGUGCUAAAGAGUCAAUCCUGCAAUGAAGUCCCAGCCCCUGGGGAGCAGAGAGUGAGUAAAGGGAAAGACAGACAACAAGACCAAGGCAAAACUUUUAACAGUAUUAUGAUGCUUGGACAGCAGUAUUGUGAUACACUUUCAGUAUCCAGGACUCGAAAGAUUCAAUCAAUGUCGUACAUCACCAGUGCUGACAAACUGGGAAUCUUUUGGUCAGGGUCUGCCUACAAUAACAAAUUGUGCAGGUGGUGGUGGUGGUGGUGGUUGUUGUUGUUGUUGUUGUUGUUGUUGUUCAGCUCAUCUCACACCCAAGACCAGGAUAGACCACAGUUCUUCACUUCCUUUGUGUGACCAGGUGCGAUUUCAGCACACAGCUCUAGGGCUGAAGCCCUACUGAGGCAAUCCCCUGCACAGCCAGGCUCCCACAGACACUUGAAAUUUGUCUCCGUGGAGUCAAAUACUUGUACUUCAUUGAAGAAACACUGGGAACCAUGAGUGUUCAGCAAUUCUGGAAAAAACAGGCUUGUAAUUUCAUCAUACAACCUUGGAGAGCAUUUACAAGGGAGUAUGCAGCAUUUUGAUUCAGCAUGAAUAGUUUUUGAGGUGGCUUUGUGCAUAAAAAAGGAGUAGAAAGCAGUAGUUGUUUAAUACCUUUCCAGCCUGAUUAAUUUUCUAUAUCAUCUUCCCAAUUACAAUACAGUUUCUUUUGAAAAAUGGACAAAUUUAGAUCUGGUUGUUUGUUUUAAAUAGACUGAUGAGCAAAUAUAGCUCUUUUUAGUAGUUGGAAAACUUUUGCAUAUUGAUCCUAAAUUGUGCAAAUAAGUCUGUUAUUUUUAAGUCUUUACUAAGUAGUCUGAUGAACAUUUAUCAAACUAUGAGCUUUAUGAUUCAAAAGUUCUCUAUUCAUCUUCUAUGGUACCUCAAGAUUUACUUAAGUCUUGUAGCAGUCGUCUUCUGCUCUCGCUGGAUGACAGACUUUUUAGACUUAUGAGUAAUGAAGGAAAAACACCAAAUAAUAAACCCUUACGUACGCACGCUUGACCUGGAUUAUCUAAAAAGGGUUUUUUACAAGAAUGGCUGUGACUCAGAUGUUGUUCCUGAACAGAAAUGUGUGUGUUAAGAUAGAAAAGGUGUGAAGAUAAUCAAGCCAAACAGGUACUGGAGAUCAAACUGAAUGUUAGUGAAAUGCAGAAUUCAGUAUUGCAGUUUUCAUCUGGCCCUACUGAUUACAGCUUCCUGGUAACUGACAGUUCAGAGGCACUUCCAGGUGCCUGUAACAAUUUGAUUCUGUCUCAAUUUACAGUCAUCACCUCCCCUAGAAACUAUGGCUAGCAGUGCUGUAAGCAAUAGGUUGCCAAACUUCACUAACAUUGCUAGUGUCUUAUUCUAAGACACUGAUUCUUAAUUUUGUUCAAAUAGAACUCAGCCUGCAAACUGGACUCUUUAUCUGUCCAAGCCUCACAUUUCAAAUCCAGUUGCUGUUAACUUUUUUCAGUCACGAUGACACAGCUAAAAUGAAAACCAGUCCAUAAUACCAGGAGAGGACAAAAAAAGACAGAGAGGCCAUGAGCACUGAAGUACAGUGUGAAACCUACCUUUAAAUGUGUCUCUUCAUUAAGUGUCAAAUGGCAGUUACUAUACAUCACAUUCUUCCUUGGUUGGUCACAUGAAACCCAAAGUUUCUGGAGUAGCUUGAAAUUACUCAAGGUCAUAUUAAGUAGAGGGUCUGGCCCACGGCUCAAAGGCAAUAUUGUCUGCUUGAGCGAGUCAGAUGUAACAAUUCAAAGAGGCAAGUAGGUGCCCGUUCAGCCUGUAUGAACAGCCAUUGCACAGAUCAGUGUUCCCACAUAUCUGAGCCUCAAUAGGUAGGUCUCAUCAUAGACUUUUUUGGAAGAGCAGUAAAUGAGAUGCACACCUUUAUAGCAUAGCUGCUUCUUCUCAUGGACAUCUGUGGAAUGGGUGGCUCAGAUCUGGCCCGUGAAACCUGACUUCAUUGUGGACAAGAUACGGCUGUUUCAACCUUUGGUCCACAGUUAGUUGUGACUGUUUUCUGUUCAGAUUCGUAAUAUUCACUUGUUAAGCAUCUCAGUGCAGACAAAAUCAUGCAUCAGACAUUUCCAGGCAUUUUCCAUACGAUCUUUGAGAAGACUGGAUUUUGCUUUGGACAAACAUUCUUCGGUUAGUCUGCCCCUAGGGAUCUAGACCAUCUUCCUUAAUGUGUGUAGCAUGAAGCACAAAAGGACCUGCAGAAGCUCAAGGAGUCCAGAAUAAAAAUAAUCGAUACCUAGGUAACAGGUGCCAGCUUCAUAAAAACACCACUUGGCCUUCUUGUCUGGCCCUGCAGCAGAGAAGUCCAGUGGUGAACAGACUAAAAGAUUCUCCUGCUGAGGAUUGUCCUAGUCUGUCUCAGGCUGAAGGGAGGUACAUUUGGCGGUGAAGACUGGGAGAAGCUGUUUCCAUUCAAUGACUACACGGAAAACAGAAGAUUCCAGAGCUGUCAGUGUCAAACCUUCCACAAAUAUGACCUGCAAUUUAAAAUACUACUAGCCAUUUAGAAUAAGAAUAAUAACUACUGCUACCCUUGCGCUAAAUGAGAGAAAGAGUACGUAAGUCUAAAACGACUCUUCACUUUGUGUGCUGGGUAGGAGACAAUCUCUCUUAGAAAUACUCAAUAUCAUUUAUGUGGUGCUGGCUGGUAAUACCUUUUUGUCUUUAUCUGCAAAAGGAAAAGAGAAAGAAAUUGUUCCAGAGUACUUUGCAUCUUAUUUCCUCUAGGGAAGUCACUGAAGAAGGAGAAAGCCAACAGCAUGCUACAGUAUUAUAUGCUCACGCCCCCCCCCCAAACAUCUCUGUGAUAAUACAAAUACAAGAUGCUGCUGUUGGAUCAGCUGAGCUAGAGUACUGACAAAUGGAUUUUAUGAAAGAAACAAUUUUAAAGAGAUUGCAGCCUAUUCACUAAAAUGAAUACAAUUGCCUGUGUAAAAGUAUUCUCCUUGAUUUAUGUAUUGGAGCCAGAAGCGGUGGCUUGUAUUCCUAUUCUGCCCAUGUUUUUCUUCACUGCCCUAGGCAAACCCCUAUGCAAUUUUGUUUUCCAAUUCUUAAACACGGAGUGAUGCUCUCUAUCAAUGGAAAGCACUUUGUAGUCUAUGAAUAAAGCAGAUCAAUAUUAAAUCUUUUUUUAUUGUAAGUGAAAUAGGCUUGAUAUAGCUGCUCUUAUUUACAUGAUUCUAGGGAAAUGACUCUUGUAAAUAAGGCUUCUUUUUUGUUAUUGGUUUGUCAUAGUUCCUCAGAGAUGCUGAAAUGGGAUGCAUUUCACUUCUGUAAAGACACCUCCAACAAAAGAUGACAGUGCAAAUGUUCCAGUAUUCAUUUCUUAUUUAAGAGCUAGCUAGUAAUUUCAGCAAUCGCACAAACACUUCCUCUUUUUUAUAUUGGAAAUAAGUAGUUAUGAAGAAGGGAACAAAAUAACAUUCACUGGUUCAGCUUCACAAUUUUUCUCUUUUUUGGCCAAGCCUGCAACAGAAUUCCUAGGUAUCAAUUAAGUGAACUGCUGUGUACAGUCACGAUGAUGUAUGCAUGGUAAACAUCAGGUCAACUCACUGCCCAUCUAUGGACACAAAAGAGGUAACCACAUUCCUGGAAGCAAAGGACUCCAAAGGGGAACUCCAGGUUUUCUGGAAAAUUGGCAGGCCACUGAAGAAGAUUCACUCCCAGAGAAGAAACAUUUCAGAUAGUGGCUGGAUGACAAAUGUGUUUUCCUUCCUCAUCACCCCGCAGCUGUUAAAUAUGUUUAGUAGCCAGCUCAAAUGAGCUACUUCGUGUGUAUUGAAUGCAAUUUCCCUUGAUUGCAUUUCUUUUAAAUACUGGACACUCUUCUAAAAGACUUAACAUUUUAGCCUUUUGAAGGUGAAGGAUGUAAAAACUUUAUUUUGUGUUUCUGAGCAAUGUAGAUAGACCUAAAGAUUUCAUGAACUAUCACGUGGUUGCCCAUAUCUGACUAAUAAUUAAAUUGUAAAAUUGCCGUUUCAUAUUAGAGUUAGUCUUUUCACCU